AUGUUUAAGAAAGUGAUGACCAUUAUUUUCGAGAAACGAAUAUCAAAUGCUACAACCUCUUCAACAAAGACGCGUCCUUCUCAUAUCUUUAAUAUCAAUAACAAUAAUACAACGCUAAUUACUCGUUAUUAUGCUAGUGAGUCACAAAACAAGGAUAAGCCAAAUAAAAAGGAACUUAGGUCGCGAAGAGCGUUAUUUUAUGUACCAGGAAGCGAAGAACGAAAAGUUAAUCGAUCAAGAACCUCAAAAGCUGAUUGUAUAGUUUAUGAUCUAGAGGAUGGUGUCGCGUUUAACAGAAAAGGAAUCGCGAGGGAAAUGGUGUUUGAUACUUUAGAGGCUUCUGAACCAGGAACAUCAGAAAAAGCAGUUAGAAUUAAUGCUGUUGGUUCAGGGCUUGAUUUAGAUGAUUUGAAUGUAGUUCUUCGGUCAACACGUCUGCAAGCAAUAGUGAUUCCUAAAGUACAGACGCCCAAAGAUAUUCAGUUUGUGAGUCGAAUGAUUGAUUCUGUGGCUACAGAUGCGACGAAGACUACUAUUCGUCUGAUCGCAUCAAUUGAAAGUGCAUUAGGAAUAAUGAAUAUCAAAGAAAUUGCUACAUCUGAUCCUCGACUGGAUGCUUUAAUAUUUGCCGCUGAAGAUUAUUGUGCGGAUUUAGGGUUGAUCCGUACUUCAUCACGUAAAGAGCUUGCUUAUGCACGUCAAGUCAUAGUGACGGCUGCAUGUGCAUACGAUUUACAAGCAAUAGAUCUGGUUUGUCUCGAUUAUAAUGAUGACACAAUCUUAACAGAAGAAUGUCAAGAAGGGAAGGAAAUGGGAUUUGUUGGGAAGCAAGCUAUUCAUCCACGUCAAGUUGAUAUAAUACAACAAACAUUUUUACCGGACGAUAAAGAUGUCAACCGGGCGGCACGAAUCAUUCAAGGAUUCAAACAUCACACCGAUAAAGGAAUCGGUGCAUUCAGUCUAGACGGAAAAAUGAUUGAUCUUCCAAUGGUAAAAUGGGCCGAAAAAAUUAUUGCGCGCGCUAAAGCUGGAGGAGUGACUAUACCUACGCCGCCACCAAUUGAGUAG